GGUCUGGUCUGGCCUGGCUAAUACUCGCUGUGCCAGCCAGAUCCUUCCAUUUUUAUGUUAAUUAUAUAUAGAGAGAGAGAGCGAGCACACGGCCGGAUUAUGUGUAGCGUAGGCCAAAUACAACUUACUUUGGGUCUCGGAGUACUUUGGCAAUUAAAGAGUGAAAAAAGGAAGAGCAAGGAGACUUGUUAUCGGCCUUAACUAGGGUCCUGUGGCGUACUGAUCAUAAAAAUGUUACCGGACUUGCCGGAAUUAGAUGUAUCCGGCGGAUUGAAUUUCAAGGAGACAGAGCUGACCUUAGGGCUUCCGGGAGAGAUCGGACGUGGAACCAGCAGCUUUAUACAGAUCACCGCGGGAUCAUCAUCAGCAAAGUUGACGGGCACGAAACGGGGAUUCUCGCAGGCAGCCAUGGAUCUUAAUCUUGGUAGAUCAUUUUAUGUUGAACAUGAUGGCAGCUGUUGUGAGCAGUCCGAAUCAGAAAACGAAGACUUGAGUGUGGCAAAACCUCCCGCAGCAAAGGCGCAGAUAGUGGGGUGGCCACCGGUGAGAGCAUUUAGAAGGAACGUGAUGACGAAGAGCUGCAACUUGGUAAAGGUUUCCAUGGAUGGAGCUCCUUAUCUAAGAAAGGUCGAUCUAGAAAUGUACGAUAGCUAUCAGCAGCUACUGAGUGCUUUGGAGGACAUGUUCUCUUGCCCGACUAUUCCUUAUACGUAUCCCACCCGUAAUUACUUGGAUGAGAAAAAGCUUAUGGAUCCUACAAGUGGGGUGGAAUAUGUACCUACUUACGAGGACAAAGAUGGUGACUUGAUGUUAGUGGGAGAUGUACCAUGGAAAAUGUUUGUGGAGUCAUGCAAGCGGCUAAGAUUGAUAAAAGGUUCGGAGGCAAUUGGACAGCUUCAUGCUCCAAGAACACCCCAACCAUCUGCAGCAAGCUGCACGAGUACUUAAAAGAAUUAUAAAAUUAAAGCCCGGCCUUGAUAAUCAUCCAGCUUGGAAUGAUCUAUCUAAUUGCUAGUACUACAUGAGAGGCUUCUUUUUUUCCUUCGUUCUAUAUAUAUAUAUAUAUAUAUAUAUAUAUAUAGUACCUCUGAUCCAUAUUUGUUUUGGAUGAGGAUCGAGCUUUGAUUGGUAGAAAACAUUACGGGAAUAAGAUAAGAAUUGGCUGUAUCUACAAGACGUUGCAUCGUGUGGUGCCAGUUCAAAA